GUUACAAUAGAAUAUUAACAAUUAAGUAGUCUUUACUAAUAAUAAGAAUAUUUUUAAAAAUAUAUUUUUUAAUAUAGUAAAAAAUAAAUAAAUCAAUAAAUAGAUAGAUAGAUAGCUUUAUAAGAUCAACUAUUAAUUUAAAGUAGGUUUAUAGGAAAAAAAAAUAGAUUUAAGUCAAAUAAAAUGAAUAAGAAUUUAUUAAACGUAAGUGGUAACCCUGACCAUGAGGAAGAGGAAAAAUAGCAGAUUAAAGUAGUUAAGAGCGAAUAUGUUACAGGAUUGAAUUCUACCUUGAAGAAUACGAAUAAUCUGCAAAGCAAUCUAAUUAAAAAUGACAAUAAACCUACAGUUACCAAUAAAAAUUAAAACAGCAAUAAUGAGGAUUUCAGCAACGUAAAGAAUCCUCUUGAAGAUGAUGUUAAUCCUUUACAUUCAUAGUAUCCACAAAAUAAUACUCCUCCUCCUAAUCCUAUGAUGCACAAUGUUAACAAUCCACUUGUUGAUAACAAUCCAAAUAAUUAUGGAUAGACAAAUCUCUUUGGGAACUAUUAAAACUAAUAUUCUUAACCUAUGCCAUAUUAACAACAACAAGGAGGAUUCCCAAAUUAAGGAUUUUAGAAUAAUCAAGGUUUAUAUAACUAGCCAUAUUAACCUCCAUAAUAUAACUCUCCUUAUUAACAACCUCCACAACAAUUUAAUGUUUAGUAUCCAGGAUAAAAUAACUUAUCAUAAGAUUAGGCUAUGUACAAAUCUCAAAACUCAAAUAGUGAAGGUUUCUCUAUUACAGAAGAUUAAAAGAAAUAUCUUAUUGUUGGAAUAAUAGUCUGCUUAGUUUUAAUUGUAUUAAUAUUUUGA